AUGAAUUCCAAAGAUUGUAAGCCACUAAGAGUGUCGUUUCUUCCAUACUUCACUCCAAGCCACACCAUCCCGUUGGUGGACAUAGCCAGGCUAUUCGCCACCCGCGGCGUUGAUGUCAGCAUCAUCACCACCCCAGCAAACGCCCUCCUCUUCCAAUCCUCCGUGGACCGCGACAACGCCACCUCCGGCAAUAAAAUCACAGUCCACACACUCAAGUUCCCGUCCGCGGAAGUUGAUUUGCCGGAAGGCAUCGAAAACUUCCACGCAGCAGCCGAACCAUGGAUGACUUCGAAACUCUAUCGGGGCAUCGCAAUGCUACAGAAACCCACGGAGGCGUUGAUUCGAGGUAUCAGCGCUCACUGCAUCGUCUCCGACAUGUUCUUCCCUUGGACUGUGGAGCUUGCAAAUGAGCUCCACAUUCCCAGACUCUUCUUCAAUCCCUCCAACUUCUUCUUCCACUGUGUGUCGCACUCCAUGAAGCUCUAUGCUCCUCACGACAAGGUACAGUCCGAUUCGGAGAGUUUUGUGAUUCCUGGCCUUCCCCACAACAUUGAGAUCUCAAGGUCUCAAUUACCAGAUCAUGUCAAGUCCAAUACCAGGUAUGGAGAGUUGAUUAAUACAAUCAUGGAAUCAGAGAUUAAAAGCUACGGUACAAUCGUUAACAGUUUCUAUGAGCUCGAACACCCUUACGUUGAACAUUUGAGGAACGUCAUUGGAAGGAAGUGUUGGAGCUUAGGCCCUGUUUCUCACUUCUCCAACAGAUUACUCUCAAAAUCGUCAUCUACUACUAGUAGUUGGGUCAUGAGUUGGCUCAACGCUACUACUAGAAAACCCAACUCAGUUUUAUAUAUAUGUUUUGGUAGCAUGGUCCGAUUCUCCGAUAGUCAACUCAGUGAGAUUGGGUCAGCUCUAGAAGCUUCUGGACACCCUUUUAUUUGGGUUGUGAGGAAGAGGGAAGAUGAAGAAGAAGAACAUAAGUGGUUGUCCCAGGGUUGUUUUGAGAAUGGAAUAAUAGUGAGGGAGUGGGCCCCACAGAUCCAGAUUUUGGAGCAUCCGGCGGUCGGAGGGUUUGUGACUCACUGUGGUUGGAACUCGGUGCUGGAAGGUGUCGCUGCCGGCGUGCCGUUCGUGUCGUGGCCGUUGUUCGCGGAACAGUUCUAUAACGAGAAGCUAAUUACGCAGGUGUUGAAGAUUGGGGUCGGAGUCGGGUCGGAGGUGUGGAAUUCCGGAUUUAGGAUUACGGGUCCAGUCGUGGGGAGAGAUAAGAUAGAGAGAGGUGUACGUCGGUUGAUGGACGUUUCAGAAGAAUCGGAGCAGACCAGAGAGCGAGCAAAGCAGCUUGGUUUGAUGGCUAAGAAGGCCGUGGAAGAUGGUGGGUCAUCUUACUCUGAUAUAUCGGCUCUGAUUCAGGAAAUCAAGGCCUGCGCUUUUUAUCAGAAAAUGAGUUAGCAAUGGGUAAAUCAAACCCUAACAGAAUUGGCCUUUUGAAUUAGAAUUUUAAAAAAAUUAGUUUAAAGUUUAAAUUAUUAUAUAAAUUAAAGAUUAAGACCUAAUUAUUAUUCUUCCAUUUUUUUUUUUUUUUUUUUAAAUUUUUUUAUGUUGGGUUUGUUUUGAUUCUUAUCUACAAUAUGGACUUAUUGUUUUUAUCUUGCUAACUCAGCUCCAUAAUAGUGAAGUUGUCCAAACAAUUUUGCUUAAUAUUUCGUAAAAAAAAAGAAGGUUGU